UAGUAAAUGUCAGUCCGUCUCUGUGUGUGUUUGUGUGUAGGCUUUAGAGCAUUUAGCUGCAAGGACAAGGAAACAUUAAUCGGAAUUUAACAAUGAAUUAAUUACUGGGAUUCCAAAAGCUUAUACCAUAAUGGAUUUGUCAGUGUACAUCUUCAAGGUACCUCCCGACCCUUUGUUGUUGUUUUGCUGGAAUAGACUCAACCAGCUACCCACUCUGCAACUUGUUGCUUUUGCUUUUAAAGGCAUAAGACAAGUACUUGCCCUAUAAGGUUAAAGGCAAAGAAGAAGAAGAAGAAGAAGAAGAAGAAGAAGAAGAAGAAGAAGAAGAAGAAAAGGAGGGGAACACACAUCCAGUGCUCAUCAUUGCCAGCUUGUAUUGUGUAUUCUAUCUCGCAAGCAAGCUGGGCUUGAGCUGGAAAGAAAAACAAGAGAGGUGGGACUAAUAGCACAUUGGAGCCAGAGAUGAUGGCACCACCACCAUCACCACCACCUGGGAGUAGACUUUUCCCCCCUCUUUUGGAGAGAGGGUUAGAAUGACCUAAACAUCACACUGCGAAGCGCAGCCUGCAGGCAGCAGCUGUAUGUGAGAUACACUACUCCUGAAAACGCACUUCAUUUUGUAAGAGUGUAUUUCUGCCUCUGAGUUAUAGACGCCAGAUUUCACUUACGGUAACUGCCACGGCAUUUUCCUAUGGAAUCCUGGGUUUGUAGACUGACAUGGAAACAGGAUGGAAUAGAUUUGUGCCUGAACUUAUGUGGAACCCAUGUGGGCUGAAAGGAGACUGAUGGAUCAAUUCCUAAAGAACCCUCGUGCAUGCUUAUGCACACUACACAUUUAAAGAGGCACCACACCAUCUUUGUCAGAGAACUCAAUGUGACAUAUCUGCUUGUUGCUCAUAUUUAUUCUCACAGUCAUCCUCAAAGAUAAAGCUUACACUGGCUUACCUGAGAGCUCAAAUCUUCAGAGGGCAGAUGAUGCACAAGGUGCCUAUCUGUGUGCUGAGAUUAACAAAGAUGGCUUCAAAACACAAACUCUGGGCGGCAUUUUUCAUCAUCUUUAAGUUCAUGUCCUUCAUCUCCAUCAUGUUUUAUUGGAGAAUUAGCCAAUAUGCUGUAGACAGGAGACAAAACUAUGGGUUGCCUACAGCUGUUAAAUGUCCCGCUCCACCCACUCCGACACCCAGGUGGUCCUCUCAGUCAGGCAAGGACAUAUACUUUGUGGAAACAUCAGAACGAACUAACCCCAACUUACUGUUCAUGUGUUCUGUUGAAUCAGCAGCCAGGGUUCACCCAGAGUCUAAAAUUAUUGUCCUUAUGAAGGGCUUGGUGAAUUACAACAAUACACUGCCAAAAAAUUUGGGCAUCUCCUUGAUGAGCUGCUUCCCUAAUAUUGAAAUCAAACCAUUGGAUCUGAAAAACCUGUUUUCAGACACUCCCCUGGCUAGCUGGUAUUCCCUGGCCCAGCAGAGAUGGGAACCUUAUUUCCUGCCCAUCCUUUCUGAUGCCUGCCGAAUCACCAUCAUGUGGAAAUUUGGUGGCAUCUACUUAGACACAGACUUCAUAGUCCUUAAGAACCUAAACAACCUUACAAAUGUGCUUGGUACACAGUCCAAAUAUUUACUGAAUGGGGCCUUCCUUUCAUUUGAUCCUACACACAAGUUUAUAGAGCUUUGUAUGCAAGAUUAUGUGGAGAAUUACAACCGGUGGAUCUGGGGACACCAAGGUCCACAGCUCUUCACACGCAUGUUUAAGAAGUGGUGUUCCAUUCGUAGCCUCCGGAGCAGUACAAGCUGCAGGGGGGUCACGACUCUCCCCCGAGAAGCCUUUUAUCCCAUCCGCUGGCAGGAAUGGCGAAAAUACUUUGAAGUUGUGAAUUCUUCAGAUCUUCCUAAACUGUUCAAAAACACCUAUGCAGUUCAUGUUUGGAAUAAGAAAAGUGAAGGAAGACAACUUGAGAUCACCUCUAAAUCCUUAUUAGCCCAAUUGCAUUCCCACUACUGCCCUUCUACAUAUAGGCUGAUGAAGAUUAAUUAGUAGCACAAAAUGACCUAGCACCUACCUGCUUGUGGGUACAAAUGAAGGUAACCCAAAUUGCUCAGCCAUGGCAGUCGAAUGAUGACGUGGACAAUUACAACCAUUGUCGAAGGAACAAUGUGAUUGUGUAAAAGAGAUGUCAUUAAGCAGCAGGGUUGCCAGCUGAGUGUUUGAAAGAACAGUUAGAUGAUUACUAUCAGGCUCUUGAUAUUCCAAAAUGAGGAAACAUUAUGAAAACCAGCCAAGACAAAGAAUGUGUUGUGCAGACGUUGGAGUUCAUUAGUCUGUGAGGCAAAGAAGCAAAUUAAGGUCAUUUUAAAGAGACAAAUAGUUUCAGAAAGACAUGGUGUUUAAACUGUCUACUGGAUUCUGUGUAUGUGAUGUUUUUCAGAUGGUAGUGAACUAUUCACUGGUGGGAAAAUAUGUACGUUACAAACAUUCCAAUCAUCACUUCAGAAUCUUCAACAAAAGGAAGAAAUGUGCCUUUCCUUAUAAUUUUUGUCAAGUUCUAAAUGUAAACUAAGUGGCUUUCUCUCUCACACACGGUGCCCUGAAUAAUCAUGAGCAUGCUCAAAAAGCACAUAGGACACUGUACCAAUGAACAUGGAGUUCUCAGGAUGGCUAAAAAUGACAUCUUUCUAGACUAAGAUAUUAAAUUUAAAAUGGUAACUCUCCAAACUAAAAACAACAUCUCAGGACUGAGCUGCUGCCAUUGAAAAGUACAAGGUGUCAAGAAAGGAGGGUAAGCAGGCAUACUGGGAUAUUAGACUCAGAGGCUGGGAGUUUAGUUCCCUACUGUGCCUCCUUAACAGGAGUUGGACUCGAUGAUCCAUAGAGUCCCUUCCAGCUCUGCAGUUCUAAGAUUUUUAUUAUUAUUAUUAUACCAAGUGAAGGAUAUGGAACAUGGGUAGUGGGACAUGAAUGAAAAGAGACAGAAAAAACAGGGAAGGUUUUCCACCAAUUAUAUCGGUUUUACUGUAUCAGGAGAUAGCAAGAAAAGUAAGUGAAGGGAACCCACAAAUGUGACACCAAUUUCCCUUUAAGUUUUUCAGUUUCAUGAGAAACUGAGGAGAGGAAUGGUGGAAGAAAUGGAAAUGGUGAAUGCAGUCUUUGGAUCAUGGUCAUGAAAGUCGAGGAAGGAAUGGGGACCUAGACUUGCCAUAUUUUUCAGUCUAUAAGACUAUACUUUUGUCUAAAAUUUUUAGACUGAAAAUUGAGGGUCAUCUUAUACACGGAAGUAAGCUGAGG